AUGGCGCUUGCUACAUCCUGUGUGACAAUCACAAGAGUCAUUCCACAGGGCAUCCUUCACACGGCAGAGUCCAUUUAUGCAUAUCGACGAGGCAGGAACAACACGUCUUUCGGUCUUUGCAAGAGCGAUGCAGUGAUCCUCAGAAGGCUUAGGGCAGUCGGAGUCAAACUUGCAGGAACUGCCGACAGAAAAACACUGGACAUAGCGGAUAGGACUCAUAGGAUUCCUUCGAUAAGGGAUAAACUUGAUUCCAGGAAGCUCCGUAGGAGGUUCAGAUAUGCAUCUCUUAGGAAAUCUGGGAGCGCUGAGAAGAGAUGA